AUCCCAGAAACUCCAUAUUCUUCGAGAAGGAAUAAUAUGCGUCUCAGCUCGCCACCACCUGUCUUACUUCUGUGUACUACACUUCUUGCUUUUCUCAUUAAUAAUCUCGAAGAUCUUCUCCCCGCUCGCAGCGAAUUACUUUAGGUAGGUACUCAGUUAUGAAAUGAAAGCUCAAGAAAGAUAGAGUACUGGGUAUACCUACGCACGAGAAAUGUCAUAUCAAUUGGGCCCGGCGGAAGAGUCACAGCAACAAGGGGGUUACGAUGCACGCAACAACACAUAUGAGCAUAAUAAUAAUAAUGAUGGGUAUGGGUACGGGUACGGGUACGGGUACGGCCAGCAAACAGCCUAUACUGAACACCAGCAGCAGCAACAACAGCAGCCAUACCACAUAACGCACACCCCAUCUCAAGUCUCAUCGCCAACAACCUCUCCUCAAGCGGCAUCAGCAACGGUAUACUACCAUCACCACCAUCACCAUCAUCAAGACGGCGUCACCCGCGCUCAGACGUGGGUCUCGAACCAGCAACCUCUCGCGUCGCCCCCGCCGAUGGCCAAAACACCCCUGGGCGAAUGGUCCGAAAAUACGCUCGACUACCGGACGCCGAGGGGCUAUUCCCCAACGAUGCCGCCUCGGCCCCGGAAGGAAGACCAGAGGGUGUGGGGUAUCAAGCGGAACACGUUUUUUAUCGUCGUGGCGAUCGGACUGUUUCUGCUGGUCGUUGCUAUUGCGGCCGGUCUGGGUGUCGGUUUGGGGACGAGGAGAACUAGUUCUGUGGCCGUCUCCGUGGCUGAGAAUUCAACCGCCAACUCCUCCCCACCAGCAGCCAUACAACCAACAACCACGACCCCAACAUCAACAACCCGGUCCUCCUCAUCCACCACCAAAGCAUCUCCCACCCCCAGCUUUACCGGAACCCUCACCCCGGGCCCGAUAAUCUGCCCGCAGAACAACAACACGGUGUACGUGUCGCGCGGCAGCUCGAAGCCGUUUAACGUGCAGUGCGGGCGGGACUACAACUCGGCGGGCGGGGCCACGGACCUCGCGCACAUGUACAAGGCGAGCAUGGCGCAGUGCGUGGACGCGUGCGGCGACCGCCCGGGGUGCGUGGGCGUCGGCUGGGGCAACUCCGAGGGCACCACCGAGUGCUGGCUCAAGAGCGGGCUCGGCGAGCCCAAUUUCAGCCCCAACUGGUAUUUUGCGCAGCUGCAGGACAUGGACCUCGCUUCGUCGUGAGGGGAUUACGGGAGAAUAUGAGUAACCUACCUACCUAGGUAGGCAGUUACUUCUACGGCUAUUAUCGGAUAGGAAAAAGAAAAAAAGGAGAG